CUCUCUCUCUCUCUUGCUGAUACAGUGGAGGUGGAGAUUUCCAAUCCCACCCAGUCACACUGAGAAAGGAGAUUUAGUAAGGCUUUCCCAAGAGAAGCCACACAGAGGAAAUUCUCAGCAGCAGCCUGAACUACACUUGGAGUGAGUUUGCAGUCUCCUAUGCACGGAACUGGGAGAGAAGCAGCUGCAUGUUCCCAGGGUGAGAGAGCCUAGAGGGAGCUUCAUGGUGAAGAAGUGAGAAGGAUCACAGUGAAAUAUUGAAAACUAUUUCAUUGAAUGUGGCUGCCAUUCAAGACUUCAGGAUGGAAAGCUUUUGUUUAAAGGUCGCCUUGCUAUUUCUUGUGGCUGGAUGUGUCCUCAGCGACAGUUCUGAUGGAUAUUACGCCAAUCUGAGUGAUUCUGGAAACUACUUGACCACUUACUCUGGAAUAGAGCCCAGCUUACUCCUUACUACUAUCCGACCUGUGGUGCCCAACAAAACACUGUAUUGCGCCCAAAGGACUAAAAUUGCGGCCACUUUCAAAUACAUUAACACAGUGAUUUCUUGUAUUAUUUUCAUCAUUGGAUUGGUUGGGAAUGCAACUUUGCUGAGGAUCAUUUACCAGAACAAGUGUAUGAGGAAUGGCCCCAAUGCGCUGAUAGCUAGCCUGGCGCUAGGAGACCUUCUCUAUAUUGUCAUUGAUAUUCCUAUCAAUGUAUAUAAGCUUCUUGCUCAGCGGUGGCCCUUUGGGGAUUCUGAUUUCGGGCUGUUUCUUUGCAAAUUCCUCCCCUUUAUACAGAAGGCAUCAGUGGGAAUCACAGUCCUCAAUCUCUGUGCCCUUAGUGUGGACAGGUACAGAGCAGUUGCCUCCUGGAGUCGUGUUCAGGGAAUUGGUAUCCCCAUGAUUACUGCUAUUGAAAUCUUCUCCAUUUGGAUUCUCUCCUUUAUAUUGGCUAUUCCGGAAGCAAUUGGUUUUGUCAUGGUACCUUUCAAAUACAAAGAUGAACAGAUUGUUACCUGCAUGCUCAACAAUACAAACAAGUUUAUAACGUUUUACAAAAAUGUCAAGGACUGGUGGCUGUUUGGAUUUUAUUUCUGUGUGCCACUAGCAUGCACUGCUGUCUUUUACACAUUAAUGACUUGUGAAAUGUUAAACAGAAGGAACAGCAACCUGAGAAUUGCCCUCAGCGAACAUCUUAAGCAGCGUCGAGAAGUUGCUAAGACAGUUUUCUGCCUGGUAGUGAUUUUUGCCCUUUGCUGGUUCCCUCUCCAUUUGAGCCGAAUUUUGAAGAAAAUGGUGUACAAUGAAAGGGACCCUAACAGAUGUGAAUUGCUCAGUUUCUUGUUGCCACUGGAUUACAUCAGCAUUAACCUGGCAACCAUGAACUCUUGUAUAAACCCUAUAGCUCUCUAUUUUGUCAGCAAGAAGUUCAAAAACUGUUUCCAGUCAUGUCUCUGCUGUUGCUGUUACCAAUCCAAAAGUCUAACGACUUCAGUACCAAUGAAUGGAACAAGCAUUCAGUGGAAAAACCAAGAACUAAAUAACCACAAUACAGAUCGAAGCAGCCAUAAGGACAGCAUAAACUGAUACUGAAGGACACUGAGACUACUUCAGAAUUCAGGAGGAAAAAUGUCACAUGAAAGCGGUUUAAACAGGACAUCCACAGAGUGUUCCACAAAAUGUACUUCAUUCAGAAGUUCUUUGCCCUUCUACCUGAUUUCAGAGGUGAUUUCAUGACUAUGAAUUUAAAGAACUGCAAAUCUGUGGAUCUUCUUGAUCGUGUUAAUGAAAAUUACAUUCAUCAUCUUAUGAAAAAUGCAAGACUCAGCACUAUGCAGAGUGUUUGCAAUCUUUGACCCAAUCAAGAACUGCCCAGUGUAUACCUGGUACCCAGAGAUCUUUUUACUUGAUGGCUGAUUAGAAUUAGUCACCAUGGGAUUUUCAGAAUAUGUCAAAUGUGGAAUCUGUGAGGUUAUAGUUUAUCUCUGUCCUUUUGCCACUUUCUUAAAAGGAAACAUUUAAGCAAGUGAUUAAUAUAUUCUGUAUAAAAGCAUGUUUAGCAUGAAUUUCAAAAACUUUUAUUUGGAAAUGCCAGUCCACACCAGUAUUUUAUUUACUUAAUUUUGCAAAAUGAGACAAUCCAUUAGCUGGAAAAUUAGCAUUUCACUAUUCAAAGAUAGGAAUAGCCCAUCUAAAAAUAGCACCAACGUUUGGCACUUACUUUCGGCAUCAGUCUGUGCUAUAAGGUAUUAUAAUGUGCUAUUUAUUCUAACACCCUUUACAUAGACACAUAUAUUUUUCUAUAUCAGCAAAAGAGCAAACAUUUGUAAAAAGGAAUCUUGAAUCACAUUUAUAAUUAGCCAGUCAUAUUUAACUCCUAGGCCUGUUUAUCUGCUUAGGUUUUUAAUUGAAGUGGUGUGUGGCAUUAUCAAUGAAACACAAUAAACUGAAACUAUUCUCGGAAGAUAGUCACUAAAUUUCAGCAAUACUACUUACAAAUUGUGACCUGAAGUUACAGUGCAAGUGAAGGCAAAACUCCUGUUGGAGUCCAUAGGAGUUAUGCAUAUAUAUAGUCUGAAGUGUGUGUGUGUGUGUGUGUGUGUGUGUGUGUGUGUGUGUGUGUGUGUGUGUGUGUGUGUGUGUGUGUGAGAGAGAGAGAGUGUGACGCUUACAAAGUUCAAACUUUUAAAAUGAGUUUGAUGUUUUAUUGGGGUUAUUAACCAUAUAAAUGCAGUUGACAAUAUAAUGUAUAGAAAUUAUUGCUUGCAUAUAUGUAAACGUGAUAAAACUUUCUCUUCAUUAUUGUCAACUUUUUGGUUACAUGGCUUGAAAAGCAUCGUCUGGCUGUUAAAAUGCUACCCACUCAGCAAAUGUACUAAAUAGAGGAAUGAAAUAUAGCUCCAUCAUAUAUAAUGUGCCUGCUGCAAAAAUCUUCCCUAAGAUUUAUAGUAUCUGUUUUGCCAAACUGAAAGGCAAUAGCCAUAGCUACACAAUGCAGUUCUUAACAUCCAGUUGUGUUUCAAAUGGAAAAUGAGAGCCUGCCAACAAACUCAAAAUAUUAAAUUACUCCAGUGACUUCCACUGCACAAUUUCUCAAAUGUUUACAUACACCGUGCAUAUUAAAAUGUCCUGUAAAUUACUUUAUGUAUUUUCUGUGCUUUUGUCUUUAUGGCAUAUAUGCAUGUUUACAUAUACACAUAUGAAUGUGUGCUAAUAUAUUAAAAGCUUAAAUAUAAUCUGACAAUGCUCUGUAAUAAUGCUCAAAAGCAUGCUACUGAAGGAGACCUGUUUUCUUUGAAAACAGCCUGUCACCCAAACUGUAUCAGUAAUCAGAAGGAACACAUAAUGAUAAAUCGCUUUGAGAGUUUUGG